UGCAUGCUUGACGUUCUGCUGGCGCUGAUGGCGGCGGGGCUGGCGGAGGGUCGCACUGAGAAGGGAGCGCGAGGAGGCGGGGGACCAGAGAGACUGAGAGAGGAGGCCCCGGCGUACCCAGCACCGACACCGCGGCAGACAAACAGGAAUCACACCGACUGCAGAAGCAGCCAGUCCCGCAGACUGACCCAGUGGAGGACGGGCGGACGGACGGAGCGUUCAGAGCCUCCUACUGGCUGUCAUCCUGUCUCCUCCCCAGCGCUCUCUUGCAGCUGCAGUACUAACAGGAUUUAGUAGCUGUCACAUGAGGGUGGUGUAGGUGCUGCUGUUCUGUAGCCUUUAAAUCGUGCAUGAGUGGUGCUAACGGAUGAGGAAGCCCCUCUCUGCCCCGUCGGUCUCUCUUUGGAUGCAGAAGUUCCCGCCUGGUUUCUGGUCCUUCUUGGUGAUAAGCUCAGUAAUUUGCUAUCACAGAGGCGUCGCUGAAACUGCCUGAAUCUAUCAUUUUAGGUGUUUCACCUGCGCUGAAAAUGUAGAUUAGCUUAAUUUUGAAGCUAUUUGGAUUUACUGACUGACCAGAAUUUAAGAAUAACAGGCUAUCUGCUCCUGAAGUAAAGUUUGGCUACAAAACAGAUUACAUGAAAAAAUGUAGCUGGAUUUGCAACCGGGAUCACACGUUUUAGCAGCUAACGCCUAGUUAGCGGCUUGCGGCGAGCAGGCAGCGGUGGCUCGGGGCUAAGUGUGCAUGAAGCAGGGGUGCUAUGGAGUACCACUCCGGUGGCAGCCAGCCCCUGCUGGGCAGACCGCGGUACUGCCCGGGUGCCAGCGUUAACGGAGGAUACCUGUGUGAGACAGGACACUGCUGCGGAGAGACCGGCUGCUGCACCUACUACUACGAACUCUGGUGGUUCUGGCUGCUGUGGACCGUCCUCAUCCUGUUCAGCUGCUGCUGUGCGUACCGACACCGUCGAGCCAAACUCAGAGUCCAGCAGCAGCAGAGACAGAGAGAGAUCAGCCUGCUGGCCUACCAUGGAGCCAACUCCUACCCCUCCUCUAUGCUGGACCUCAGUUUCUUGGCAUCCCUGAAGUUGCCUUCCUAUGAGGAGGUGGCAGCUCAGCCCUCGACUCCUCCUCCUCCUUACAGCUCCGUCUUCACCACCCCUCGAUACCCUCAACCUCCACGCACCGCCGACCCCCAUCUGCUCACACAACACGGUCCCUUGCUGCACCGGCCGCACAGCGAUGGGCCGUCCUCCCUCAGCUCAGACAACAGCUCCAGCUGUUCCUGUGAUUCCUGCUGCCCCUCCUCUCCGUGUAGCUCCUCCCUGUCGGCACCCAUUACAUAUGAGACUGACACUAGCCAUGCCUCCACACCCAGCGAAGCCACGCCUCUCACCCUUGAUGUCACCAUGGAGACCAUCUCUGCAGCUGCAACCUACUUGAAUUCAAAGGAGACGCAGGUUGCUUCUGAGAGGAUGGUCCUUGACGUUGCUGACGUAAGCGGUGCUGGAGCUCAUACAGCAGUUGCCACAAACUCAUCGGUUUCCAACCAGACUGUUACUGUGGCAGUUGUUACCAGGGCAGCCUCCCCUCAGCCUCCACCCUCACCUGGUUUUCAGCUCACCCUCCCAGUCGGGACUACAUCUCCCAUAAAGCAGCAGCUUGACAUAGCACCAUGUACCCCAAUAGUCAGCACCUGUAGCUCAAGUACACUCCCUAGUCCAAAUGUUGUUGACACAGCACUCCCCUCCAUCCAAAUAAUACAAAGCCCAGCAAUGGACACCAAUACUGUCCAAAACGAUACCCCAAAGAUUCCCUUAAUGUCAAGGCUUCCUACCCCAACUGCUUCUGACUCUUCUAUAACCAUAAAAUCACUGGAAACACUAAAUUUAACAAGGACUUUUGAUACAGUCAGUUCUCCUAAUAGCCCAGCCUCAGUUCCAUCACCAGAUGCUGGAAGAACUUUGUCUCCAAUAGCAAGCUCUGUUUCUGGUUGCCUAACUCCUGACCCAACUCUUGUACCAAUUCCAUCACCUACAAAGCUUACCCAGUCUCCAGUCCAAGAACAUACAAAGUUUACACAAGGUCAGGAACCACAAUCACUAUUUCUAAAGCUUACACAACCUCCAGAUUUGGUAACUUCAGAUCAUAUCCUGCUUCCAAAUCCACAGCCUAAAGCUGGGGUAGUUGCAGAUUCACCAGUUAAUAGCCUUCUGUCUCCAAGGCAUGCAAAUCUUGCCCUAGUCACAGAUGCAGCACCAACUUUACCCAUCCUAACUCAGUGCCAGAACCUAGAACUAUCACCUGGAUCAGGUUUAGUCGAGGGUCAUCCCAGCCCUGGGUCACACUUAUCCCAGCAUUUAGGGUCUAUUGCUGUUUCAACAUCUUGCCUGGAUUCAACUGCAGAAACAGAUCAUUCAGGUCAUUCUCUGGUCCCGCCUCGAUUGUCUGAGUUUGACCAUAUUCCUCCAUUGCCUUCAAAUGCCCAGGCGUGUUUUAGUUCUGGUUCUUGUUCUGGAUUUGAAUUGCGCCCUGGGGCUGGUUCUGAGUCUGAGCCUCUGUCCACCCCUACACCACUUCUCACUUUCUCAGAACAAGUGUCCACUGCUUCCCCCUGCCCAGCUAUAACCAUAGAGUCUGAAUCUUCUUAUGCUACUUGUCAGUCACCCCUUGCGACUCUCUCCCCAUCCUCACCCCCAUCCCUUUCUACUUCUCCUCCUCCUCCCCUAACUCUUCAAGCCCUUUCUUCCACCUCCCUUCCUGCUCCAGCCUUACUUCUGGACCCCCUUACUGCUUUCCACCAGUCUGACAAAGGUGGAUCUUCCUCUGGCCACGCAUCCUCCCUCUCACCAUCACCUCGUGCUACUCAGUCUCCACCAAAACAGACUCUGUUUUCCCCCUGCGUGGAUGUCUUUGAGCCAGGACCACCCAGUUGGGAGAAUGAGGACGAGGACCAGGAGGAGAAGGACAAUGACGAAGACGACGAUGAGGACAUGGGAGCUGAUGAGAGCCAGUAUAGACACCGGCGACUCACAGGUGACUCUGGGAUCGAGGUGUGCAGGUGUCGAGUAGAGGAGGAGGAUGAAGAGGAGGAGGAGGAAGGUGGCAGGAGAGGAAAUGGAGGGGAGAGAGAUAAAAGAAAUAGUGACUCUGAUCUCCAUGACAGUGUGGACUGCCCUGCAAGGGGUCAGGUGACCACAGAGGAAGGACUUACACUGUGUACUCCGACCGCCACCACAACACCAACAUCUGAGGACAGCGGCGAAGUCGUCAUUGUCAUGGAGACAGUGUGACUGACAUAAGUAGGGUCAUUUGCCAUCCAGACAGGGGUUCCAGACAACAAGAACUGAUCGAUAGUGUUUACCCUUAAAUCUUUCUGUAACUGGAAAGGCUUUAGUUAAAUGUGAUUUUGACUGAGGAUAAAAUAGGUCCCGUUAAUAGGCAUGCACAAUUUUUAGAUGGCUGACUUGAGAGUUUCUUAAAAUGAGUUGGAAUCAUAAAGAGUCCUUGUGCCAACUUUUGACAUAUCCAGGUACAAGAGCGGUUUUCACUCAAAUACCAUGCAAUGUUGGAGAAGUUUUAGGACUACCACACUGCAGAGCUGUUGUCAGCUAGGUGGGCCCCAUCUCCCUAAUUUUAUCUCAUUUAGAUGGUGCUGCAAAAGCGGCCUCUAAAAUUUCUACCCAUCCAUUAUUACUUCAUUUUGGACAGUUGCCUAUUUAUGAAGAAAAUCUAUAUCUCUAACAAAGAUUAUGGAGCAUUAUCUGAAGCACCCAAUCGUAAAGGAUCUGCACAUCCAUUAAGUGGCGUUCACAGUUACAGGAAAGUCUUUGUAAAGUGGGAACUAAACCCUAAAAUCUAAUCUGUGGUAUUGAACAAUAGGUUUUUUUAGCUUUUGAAAGUUGUUCUCCUGAGCUUUGGCAUCCAGGGCAAAAGAAAAACUGACACAAAACUUGAAACUAGCAAAAAUAUAGUUUUCUUUAUUCAAAACAUUAGGGUUACAGUUAGAGUUAACCUUAACUCUGAUUGUAGGAUCGUCUUGAGGUUGACGUUUUCAGUUCCAACGUGAUUUUAACUCAUGUACAUUGGAGGCUUUCACAACAGAUGGAGUAAUUUGUUAGCCAGCAACAAAAAUUGUAAACACAAAGUAAUUGAUGACAUUAUUAGUUUCCAUUAAACAAAUAACCAUCUCAGUCAUGGUUUGGUUGUGACAGCAGAUGGACAUGCCAUUAAAUAUCUACAAAACAUAUGCUGCAUGCAGUCAUCAAACACUUGAUGAUAAUUGCUAAUAAUUUUGGUUUCUACUUCAAGUUCAUUUUUCUAACCAUGUUUGCACAGCAAGUUGCAUGAAGGCAAACAGUCAGGGAUUGGAUUUGUGUAAUUUUACUUGCAAAACCACAAAAUCAUUAGCUUUUAGGCUUUUGCUAGCCUAAGUUUUGGUGCAUUUGUAGACCAAUGACUCAUGGGCAGAAGUAGUCUUGAUACAGACUUUUGUUGGCUACACCAGAAACCUUAAAAAGUGGUUGUUUCCCCCAAAUUCAGCAGACUAGCAGAUUAAUGCUGUUUUAGUGAUGCAGAGGAUUUAAAUGCUCAGAGAGAAACUCAGCCGAUCCGAUGACUGUCACAAUUCGUCAUUAAUACUGAAUUAAGACUGCACAGAUUGUCGCUGUAGAUUGCAUCACACCCCUCACAGAAAUUAUGUUGUCCACGGUUAAUAAAAAAAAAUAAGGAACUUUAAAUAGUUGGACAUGUAGCCAGAGAUGCCUCGCUCGUCUUGGGGGAUGACGUAGGUUUGGCAAUGUGCUGGGGACAAAUUGGCUGGUUUGGAAUUGAAGAGAGGCUGAUGUAGGCGGAUGAUUCACGCUGACUGACAGCAGGAAAGCUGAUUCAUUCAUUAAGGGGACGUUUUUGAUGAAAAAGUCUGUCAGAAGGGUAGAAUUAGGUGGGUCGCUUUUUUUAUUUUUCAUUUACUUUUUUCUGUUGAUGUUUUUUUUUUCCUGCGAUCCUGAUUGUGUGUAGAAGAUUUUCGGGGUGGACAGGAUCGGCAGGCUUCCUGUGCGUCAGCCAUUCAACAGAGAAAAGCUCUUACAUAAAUAAACGCAAACAAUGGGUACGUUUAGAGAGAAACAAAGCGCCAAACACAGCAGAGACGAAACACGUCAUGGUUCCCGUCUUGCCUUCUUUGCCUCUUUCACUGAGUUUGAGGUCAGAUGAUACAAUACAUCUAAACAGUAGCAUCUUGCUUUACGCUUCAUGCACCUCUUAUUCAUAGACAACUCUCCUUUGUCCUGGUAAAAUGGGAUCAAGUAAAUGUAUUCCAAUCAACGUUUUGCCAGUAAGUCAAGAUAUUUUAAGGCCUUAGAAAUGAUGCCCCACAAUCUGGCUAGAACUGUGAUUUAUUUUUUUGGCAGCGGUUGGUACCAAUUAAUGUUUCGUACACUCUUCACAUAAUAAACAUGUCAAUAUUGAUAUUUUGUGACAAAAAGACUUGAAGGUAGAGUAUAUUUUGUCAGUGACACAGAAUAAUGUUUGUAUAGUAAUGGCUAAUGUGUUUAAAGUCACCUUAGAGUGUGAAAUUAGUGAAAAGCAAUAUUUUUCAGCAAGAGUCUGUGUGUAAAUAGCCAGAGAGAGAGCUGCAGAAUAACCACCUCUGAAAGGCUUCAUAGUAAGAAUGCAUCAUCAUUGAUUGUAAAAUCUGUAAGGUUUGGAUUUCUACUGUGGUUCAAGCAAAUUCUGCCUACCUUUGUCUGUGUUUUCUUUUCUUUUUCACCUGACAGCAGUAGAAUAAUUGUGCAGUUUUAAGGACACAAGUAAUUUCCAACGCGCUUGAUGGAAGUGCGCCAUCACACAUUUGUGAGACUCUGUGUGUCGGUGUAUAACAUCAAGUCGAAUGCAUACAAUUCAAAAAUGUAUACUGUCACUUUGUUAUCUUGUGUUGUAGCAUUGUAGCGCAUGGAUUCUUAAAACUGAACUGGUUGGAGCACAAAGGGUGAGAUGCCUUCAUAUCUGCUCCCACAAAGUGCACUUGUUUUUGCAGCCUGUUAAUGUUAGCUGCGUUUGAAAGUUUUCACAGACGUGUGUUAAAUUUGCAGUGUGUUGGAAAGUGUGUUGACUCCAAUAAGAGAACUAGUGCACAGUGGUGUUAUUGGAUCGUACUGGCAGGUGAAUGCUUAAACCAGAACUCUUAAAGGUUGGAAUGUUUAACUGUUGCCUAAAAAAAAGCAAAGACAUGAGAAUGGUCAGGUCCCCAUGGUGCAGGGUUCACCUGGUGAUAUCCUUAAAUCCUGUGUCCAUGCUGCAUUACAACAUGUAUUUCACGUACUUCAUGUACAACUUUCUUGGCAGAGGUGUCCAUACGGAUACCUCUCACAAUAUACGACGCUGUCAUGGACAGAAGCAGUGUCCCACCAUACAAAGGACAUGGCGAAGCAGACUGUUUUGGUAGCCAACGUACAAAAGACUGGAUUAAUACUUGGAUCAGUGUGCAUAUAUCUGGUUUUGAACCUGGACUUAUGUGAGUCUGAACGGAUUCAUCUUAUGGAUUGAGAUCAAAGAGUUUGCCGUGGCUGACGGACCUCCAGAAAGUUCAAGGAUGACAACAAGCCGUUGAUGUUGUGGUAAAUGUUGUUACUGGUGGUGUUUGUUUUUUUUGUUUUGUUUAUUAAUUUUGGUUUGUUUUGAAGUUUUUUGUAUACCUGAACUAAUAAGGUUAUAUAUAUCUCCAUGGUUAAUGAGUGCUAUUUCUACUUGACAACUGUUACUACUUAGCAUUAGCUAGAGCUGUUCUCGCUCUGUGUGUGUGUAUGUGUGUGUGUGUUUGUGUGGACUUUUGACCAGAAUGACUGGGGAAAUGUUGCCUGAAAUCUGUCUGCAAGCCCGGGUUCCCAAAGCUGUGGAGCUCUUUAAUCUGCCUUACAAUUCCUUAGUCACACAAGCCAAGAGACCACUUGGCGAACCUUGGCAAGGUCCAGUCAGUAUGUAAAAAUAUGCAUUCCCAACCAGAUGUGGAGUAUUUGUUGGAGGUAACUCAUUGAAAUUGAUCACAAACAGCAACAGAAAUCUCCUUGUGAUGUCUUUGAUUGUUAGCAGAUUGCAGCAGUUUCCUGUAGUUUAUACUGAAGAUGCAGACUUGUCUGCAAACAGUUGCAAACUACUCACUGGUGGUUCUGAAGGUCUGAAGAGUGCAACAUGGGGCUGAAAUAGAAACCAUUGAUACCAUCUUGUUUGAAAGGGCAUAACUUUUACUUUGGAGGGAAACAAUCUUAUUAAACUUUAUGUUGCACUUUUCAUUUUCGAAGCCACUCAGUGAUAAGUGUUUGCAGAUAAUUCUGCAUCACGCAACCACUGCAAUCUCCUAGCAACCAAAGCAAAGGCAAGAAGGUUUUAGACUCAACAUCAUCUCUAUCUUGUGACUUAUUUUACCAAGCAGCAUCAAGCAGCCACCUGGCAACCGUUUGGGGAAUACACAUUUUUCCCUGGUAACUAGUGGUUACCAGAAGUCACUUGCCAUUGUUAAGCCACUUGCAACCAGUUGGGAAAUGCUAAAUAUUUCCUUGCAACCAGGAGUUGCCAGUCAGUGUCAAAGAGUCUCUAGAGCUGUGUGAUUGUGACUUUAGAGCUGUGACAUGUAGACCAUCAAGAGUUUUUACUGAAGCUCUUGGAAGCCAACAUGGUAACUGUCUCCUUUGGCGUUUUGGGGAUAAAAUCUUCGACCCAUUGUACCCAGUCUCCUUGAAUGUGAGGCUAAUUUUAGAACUGAAUAACUUUUGGAAACCCCAGUCUCUGUCUUUUUGUUAGAGUUAAACCGGGACUUAUCAUUUUCAUCAGAUGUUAACAAGUGUUCUCUUGCACUGAAGAGUUUUACAUUUACUAGCACGUUGACAGGUUUUGCAUCGACAGGUCACAUGUUUGUAGUGUCACAAUAUGUUAUUUUAAACUUUUUGCUCAAACAGAGUCAAAAAGUAUCCAUGUAAAAGCAUUUAAGUUCCUGUUUUUCUCUGACUCCAUACAUUUGAGGUAGUGUAACCAUUAAAGGGAACUGAUCACCUACCCAGCCCAUUGGCUAACCACUGAAAUGGUUUUUUUCUUAGACCAUUUUAUAAAAGUAUACCAUAGUUGCUGUAAUCUUACUCUGUGGUUCCUUAUCUUAAAGGCCAUACCAUCUUGUUAUUUUAGCUCAUCUGGCCAAAGGAUCGUUGAACUUUGACCAUGUUGAGGCAUCUGCCUUCUCUUAAUAGUUCACAAGAAUCUCUACUCUUCCUGAAGUAUUUGCGAAGUUUUAGUGGAACUUGCACAAAAUGAUCAACUAAUGUGUCUUCACCUAAACUGUACUUAAGGUCAAGAUCAGUUUGUUAUUUUCAAGUUAAUAAGCAGUGAAUUGUGAUGGAUUGUAAGCCAGAUGACCUAUUGCGUCAUUGACAUUCUGGCUGAAGUCAGAAGAGACCAGGUUUAUUUAACUUCUGGAGAAAGACGCAUGCUUGUUUGAUGAUUACGUGAAGAUUGUGGGCGAAUGUUACAAGCUAAAUUCUGUAUUCUCAUCAUAACUUCUCAUCAGAGUUGCUAAUGGUGGGGGCUAUAAAUGGAAGUCCAUCCUGAGAUCCAGGAGCAGGAGCUAUUUGGAGGCAAUGAAUCAUGUUUUAAUUUUUGGGGUGACCUGUUCUCUUUAUGUAAAACUGCCUACAUUGAUGCUAACAAAAGACUAAAUUUGGAACUAAAGUCUGAUGACCAAAUGUUUGGUCAUGGUCAUGGUACAGUCAGUAUUUGGUCAUGCAGAGUCUGUACCCUGUUAUUAUUAUCUUACCCUGUGAAACAAACACAGAUCUUAACAUGACUAGAGUCCGUUUAGAUUUUUGAAUAACCAAAUUUCUCUCUUUUUGGCUCUUUGAUCAAUUUUCACUUUUUGGACGAUGCAACUGUAAGCAGCUUCACCUGUGGUGUAUAGCAAAAUUAUUUAAUUUUCUGAAAGUGUUGUUGUUCCUUCUAUUGUAGGGAUCCAUCCCUCUGUCUAAAGGAUGCUAUGCUCUUCUAGUAAUCUCUUCUGUCCUUCCUGUAUGCAUGAGGUUUGUCGGCGAUGUCGAAAGAAGCACCGAAGAGAUUAGUUGUUAAAACCCAUUAAUAUUACAAUGGCAACGGAGCUAAUUAGUAGUAAUACUAAAUUAAUAGCUAGCGUGUAUGUAUGAGUGUAUGUGUGUGUGAUCCAACUAAACCAGCCUGUUCUAAAAGUGUGUGAAAAUAUACUGAAUAAACUGUCAAAUCUAAAAAAAAAAAAAA